AUGUAUGGAAAAGAGCUACGUGUUGCCAUCAGCGCAGAGGAUCUGCGCUUCAUUGACAAGUUCCGGGCAACCAUGAGAGAUGCGUUGCUCAGCUUCGAGAAGCUUGGGGAGGCGCAACUUCAGAAGGAGCUUCAUGAUUUCUGCGCUCGUGGAGAGGUCUUGGACGAUGGCAAGGAGGGACGCUGGUUUCAACCAUUCGGCACUUCAGAUAGCUUGCCCGGAUUGCAUCCACUUCUUCAGGACACAGUGGCCGAUGCAACGGCAGAUGCAGAGGAAAACGUGCUGGCCGCGAUGCAUAUGAUGGCCGUGAAGAAGAAGAAGGUCACCGCAAGAAAGUGGCCAAGGAGAUCGGUUGGCCCGAGACAAAGCUCGGUCCGAUUGAGGUAUUUCUGGUGCAGCGAAAACAUCUCUUCUACAAGGAGGGCAAGAUCUGGAGACCUGCAUGACGUGUCAUCACCUCGUCUUCGGUCGCAAUGUUUGCGUCUGGUGUGUCCGGAUCUGCACAUGCGUUCUUGA